AUCCAACAGUGACUGAAAGAAGACCACGCUUUUUAUAAUAUAGUGUGAUUGGUCCCUGGCAUGGCGAGUUACAUGAGAAAAGCAAACAUAAUAGAAGGGGUCGGGGAUGAAUUGCUAUUAGCUGUUGCAGCCUUUCUUGGAAUGCUCAUACCGAUGUGUGUUUUUGUAGCAAGAAGAAGAAACACAGCUGAACAAUAUUAUAUCCAUCCAGACAAUGAAGAUAAUGUAAGAUUUGCCCGAGAAAGAAUCCAAGGAAACCAAGCUUCAAAUGGCACAGGGCAGUCCACUGAAGAUCAGAAUCAAUCAAAUUCAUACCGAGCCAGAGACGCCCACCGGCAAACAAACCUUAAUUGUCCAAUCUGUCUGGGAGAUCUGGUGUAUGGUGUAGACACUAAUUGUGGUCAUUAUUUCUGUGGUAACUGUAUCAUAGCAUAUUGGCAGCAUGGCACUUGGCUGGGAGCUGUGGCUUGUCCUGUUUGUCGACAACAAGUAACACUUCUUCUGUUAGCAUUUACUGUUGAGGAAAACAAUAAUGACAGUCCAGAGAAAACUAAUAUAAUGAAUGAAAUAAGCAGGUAUAACCGACGCUUCUCAGGGCAGCCAAGAUCUAUUGGAGAACAUCUACGGGACCUGCCAACAUUAAUGAGACAUUUUGUUGGAGAAUUUUUCUCUGUUGGUGGACUAAUAUGGAUGUUUCGUCUCCGAGUCAUUGUUUGUUUUGCGGCUGCCUUGGUUUACUUUAUAUCUCCGUUGGACAUUAUACCAGAAGCAAUGUUUGGAAUAUUCGGGUUUCUGGAUGACCUGUUUAUUCUACUUUUACUAGCAAUUUAUAUAAGUAUUAUCUACAGACAGGUGAUUCAGAAUCGAGGUGGUGCUGUAUGAUAGACAAUAUCACCCAAGACUUCUCCAAAGUGUCCUCAUAUUUCUUACUAAUGCUGUAUUGCAAUGCAAAAUUGAAUUGUUGAUAUUUAAACCAAAGCCAGUUAACAGAAUCAACUAUUUUCUUCAUGAGAAUUCACAUUUUUGCUUCAUUAUAUUUGCUUCAUUCUUCACUUCAGUUGAGUGUAUUUUUAUUUAAUAUUUGCUUUGCUACACAAAUUUUAUAUUUCAUUUAUUUAUUAAAAGAUCGGUUGAGA